UAUUUAGUUAUUUCUUGGAGGUGAUUUGGCCUGUGCCACUAAGCUUUGCUCAAAUUAGGGAGUCUUUAGACGGGGAAGAAUGGCAAAUUAAAUUAAGUUUGUGACAGGAUGUAAAGUUCUGCUGAUUAUUUUAUCUCAACUCGCUGCAAGAUCUCAUUAUUUGGGUACCUAUGCAUGUUUAUUUACUUCAGGAUUUUUUUCUUAAUGCCAUGAAGAGGGCAAUGCCAUGGAGCAACCAGGUGGAUGUUUUGUCAUCAGAUUCAUCUUCCUCAGACUCAGAUUCAGAAACUGAUAAUGGGCAUGGUAAAGCAAAUCCAAGUGAUAAGAACACAAUCAGUAAACCCAUCAAGGAAGAUACAUUGGAAGGUGCAGUGAUCAGGCGAGCAGAAAUUUAUCAGGAAUAUAUGAAGCAGAUUCAAAUUCCUUCUCACCGUGCAUCAGUCAUUCCAUUUAACGCAUGGCAGGGACUAGCUAAAUCCAUCAAGCAUAUAUAUGGGCAACCCCUGCAUUACCUCACCAAUGUCCUCCUUAAACAGUGGGACCAAUCAAGGAUUGGAUCUGAUAAUGAACAUCAGCCAUUGGAUACCAUCAUCCAUUCAUGUAAAGCCGAAGCUACCAUCUGGCUCAUGGAAGAAGUCCACAGGCUUACCACUUCACACCAUCAUAUAGCAAGACUCUGGCUUUCUGACCCCAUGUAUCAUUCUUAUGUUGAUCCAAUCUUUCCAUUACUAUGAAAACUGCUGUCACCAAAACCUGCUUGUUUCCAUACCCAGAUUGGUAUGCUGGCUGUUCUGUAAAAUUUAUAAACAUGGUUUUUGGAUCUGAGUUUUAUUAAUGAAUGAAUGAUGUUUACUUUUCUUGUCCUCUUUUUUGUUUUUUUUUUUCUGUUCUGUUUUUACUGCUAAUUGCCCUGUUGAUUCUUUUGAUAAUUGACUCAAAACUUGUUAAUUUCUUGCAAGAAUACUACCACUCUACAUGCAGUUGGCAUCCAGUCAUGAUCCAACA